AUGGGAACAAACAUCCUUGUUACUUCUGUUUAUGCAAAAUGUGAUGUUGGUUUGAGAGAACAUCUCUGGAAUAACCUAAGGGAUAUCUCCCAGAAUUAUAAGCUCCCUUGGUACAUUGCAGGAGAUUUCAAUUGUAUUAUUGAUCCAAGUGAGAAACAGGGCGGUAACCUUCACAGAAUGUCCAAAAGCAUGCCUGUGAUACAAUUUAUCAUGGAUUGUGAUCUUAUUGACCCAGGCUUCUCAGGCUCACAAUUUACCUGGUGCAAUGGGUGGUCUCCUAACAGAAGAGUCUGGAAAAGGCUAGAUAGGGUGCUGGUUAACCAAGAAUGGAUGAAUAACUAUGAUUCUACUAAUGUCAAUCAUUUAAUUAGAACAUGCUCUGAUCACUCACCCCUACUCACUAUUGCUAAGAAUACUUUACAGCCUACUAUCAAAUAUUUCAGAUUCUUAGAUUUCUGGACUAACGAAAAUGGUUUCAAAGAGGUGGUGAAACAGGCUUGGGAUAUAGAGGUUCAUGGUUCCCCUAUGUGGAAAUUCCACUUGAAACUAAAAAACACAUGUAGAUGCCUAUCCCAUUGGUCUAAGACAUCUAUUGGCAAUAUUUUUGACAAUGUCAAGGAUCUGGAAAAGAAGAUGGAUGAUCUUGAACAAAAGACCAUUACAAACAACACGGAUAUCAACAGAGCUGAGCUUAACCGCAUAAAUGCUCUUCUUAUCAGGGCCUAUAAAACUGAAGAAUCUAUAUGGAAGCAAAAAUCUGGGAUCAAGUGGUUUGUGGAGGGGGAAGUGAACACUAAAUUCUUCCACUCCAUUGUCAAGGGUAGAAGAAAGAGGUUAGCUCUUAAAAAGAUCAGGCUAAGUGAUGGCACAUGGAUUGAAGGAGAUGAGCGUAUUGCAAAUGAAGCUAUAUCCUUCUUUCAAAAGCAAUUCACUAGAGAACAUAUAGACUCCAAUUUUUCUAUCCUUAAUUGUAUUCCUAAAGUUAUCAAUGAAAUGGAUAAUGCAGGCCUCACAACCAUACCUACUAUGGAGGAACUGAAAGCUGUCGUUUUUUCCAUGAGCCCAUCCAGUGCACCUGGACUAGAUGGCCUUUCUGGAAAAUUUUAUCAUUCUUGUUGGGAUAUUAUUAAGGAUGAUCUUUUACUAAUGAUCAAUGAUUUCUUUGCAGGUAACCAAAUUCCAAAGGCCAUGACCCACACCUGCCUAAUCCUCAUCCCUAAAGUGGAUAAUCCUCAAGCCUUCAAUGAACUAAGGCCUAUCAUCCUUGGCAAUUUCUCCUGCAAAAUCAUAUCGAGUCUAAUGAACCAGAGAUUAAGCCCCCUUAUGGACAAACUUAUUUCUCCUUACCAAACAGGUUUUAUCAAAGGAAGAUCCAUAACUGAAAAUAUCAUGAUGACUCAGGAUAUGGUCCAUAAUAUUACAAAUUCCACUCAUGGGAAUGUAGUGCUAAAAGUGGACAUGGCUAAAGCAUAUGAUCGAGUCUCAUGGGAAUACCUCUAUAAUAUUAUGAGGCAUUUUGGUUUUAAUGAAACUUGGAUUGAUAUGAUUUGGAGACUUAUGUCUAAUAUUUGGUAUUCUGUAAAUAUCAAUGGGAAUAGACAGGGAUUUUUCAAUUCCUCUAGGGGAUUAAGACAAGGGGAUCCUUUAUCUCCCUCCCUUUUUCUUAUUAGGGCUGAACUUUUUUCAAAAUUAAUGGAGUCCUUAAAUAAUCUUGAAUUCAUCCCUUUCUCUAUAGAUAGUCAUGGUCCUGUUAUAUCUCAUUUAUGUUAUGCUGACGACACAAUUUUAUUUUCCUCAGCUGAACCUGAAUCCUUGAAGAUCAUGAUGGAAAAGAUGGAGACUUAUGAAAAAAUCUCAGGACAACUAGUGAACAAAGCCAAAUCUGAUUUUUAUGUCAACUUCCAAGAUGAUGAUAUAAGAAUCAACCGAAUCAAACAGAUUACUGGAUACAACCGCUGCCACUUUCCAAUGCAAUAUCUUGGAUGUCCUAUCUAUAUAGGAAGGAAAAAGGUUGUUUAUUUUAACAACAUGGUGGCUAACAUAGCCGAAAGACUCCAAGGAUGGCAAGGUAAAUUUCUAACCUAUGGUGGCAAAGCUGUUCUUAUUAAAUCUGUUUUGCAGGCUAUUCCACUUCACACUCUAUCAGUGUUACAUCCUCCCAAGGCAACUUUCUCCCAGAUUGAAAAGAUCUUCUCUAACUUCUUUUGGGGUAUGGAUGGCAACAAAAACAAGAAGCAUUGGAUUGCUUGGAAAGACAUGUGCUUUCCAGUCGAGGAAGGGGGAGCUGGCUUCAGAUCUCUUAAAGACACAUGUGAUGCCUUCUCUGCUAAGAUAUGGUGA